AUGCAAGAUACCGAGUAUACAAAUGAAUGGGUCAAUUGGAUUGAGGAAGCUGUUAAUAAAGAAUAUUUUAAAUUUUAUGAAUACCAGCAAUUUGAUAAUAUUCAACAUAUUGGUACCGGAGGUUUCGGAAAAGUAUAUCGUGCAAAUUGGAGAAAUUCAGAAAAACAAUUUGCGUUAAAAUCUUUUUUUAAUCUUGAUAACAUUACCGUGAAAGAAAUCGUUCGUGAGUUAAAAAUUCAACGAGAAAUUGAUUUUCAUGAUAACAUUAUCCGUUGCUAUGGAAUAACAAAACUUGAGUCAGAUAAUCAUAAUGAUUAUUGGUUAGUAAUGGAAUAUGCCGACGGUGGUAGCCUUCGAAGUUAUUUGAAGAAAAACUUUAACAAACUUACUUGGGACGACAAAUAUAACAUGGCUUACCAGUUAUCUUGUGCCAUAUCAUGUUUACAUAACGAAGGAAUAGUGCAUCGUGACUUGCACUCCCGUAAUAUACUUGUCCGUAAUAACAUAAUCAAAUUAGCAGAUUUCGGAUUAUCCAAAAGAAUUGAAGCAUCAUCCAAUUUUCAAUCUAAAUUAUUCGGAAUGGUUCCUUACGUCGAUCCAAAAAGUUUUAGUAGUCGAAAAAAUAAUAACCAAUCAAUACAAAUGUACUCAUUAAAUGAAAAAAGUGACAUUUAUAGUUUGGGCGUAUUACUAUGGGAGAUAUCCAGUGGGCAGCCUCCUUUUUAUGUUGAAGGUGAACAAUGUGACAUUAGUUUAGCUUUAGAUAUUUCACAAGGUCAUAGAGAAACUGUUGUUCCUGAUACACCUGAUGAAUAUGCUAAAAUUUAUACCAAAUGUUGGGAUGGGGAAUCAGAUAAUCGUCCAACAAUAUAUCAAGUAGUUGAUUGGCUAAAUUCCAUAAUUACAAAAACGGAUGUAAUAGUAGAAAAUCAUCAAAUAUCAAAUGAACAAGAACUUAAUGAAGAUUUAACUCAACUUAUUCAAAAUUUUGAUAAAAUAAACAUAAAAGAAAUUGAUCCUAUGGUAAUAUUAAGUAAACAAAAAAAUUUUCCAAUCGAAGAUUUUAACUUUAUAGUUGAUGAAAUUUAUGAUUUAAUUUAUAAAUUAAAUAAUAAAGGACUUGAAUGGAAAUUAGAUAAGCAGAAAAUUAUUGAAUAUUUUGAUGAUCAUGACAUAAAUUCACAAGAAUUUUGUAGUUGGUUAUUAGAUAAUCAAAAUAGUUCCAAUUCUAUUUUUAUUCUUGGAUAUUUUAAUUAUUAUGGAAUUAUAAUAAGUAAAAACAAUGAGAGAGCAUUUAAUUUAUAUAUUAAUGCAUUAGAAAAAAAUCAUAUAUUAGCAGAGUAUUUUGUUGGUGUAUGUUAUUUUUAUGGAAAUGGAACUAUAAAAAAUGACAAAUUAGCUUUUGAAUAUUAUGAAAAAGUAGUUGAUAAAAAUUUUACACCUGGACAAGUAAGCAUUGGUUAUUGUUAUGAAAAAGGAAUAGGUGUUGAAAAGGAUUUAAAAAAGGCUUUUUAUUGGUAUGAAGUAGCUGCAAAUAAUGGAAGCCUAAUGGCAAUAUAUAAUCUUGGUAAUUGUUAUAGAAAUGAGAUUGGUAUUGAAAAAGACUAUAAUAAAUCUUUUAAAUUGUUUAAGCAAUCAGCUGAAGGAGGAUAUUCAGGAGGAAUAAUGAUGUUAGGAUAUUGUUAUAAUAAUGGUAUUGGAACUAAAAUUGAUAAUCAAAAAGCAUUUGAAUUAUAUCAAAAUGCUGCAAAUUUAGGACAUAAUGUAGCACAAAAUAAUCUUGCAGUAAUGUAUGAAAUGGGAGAUGGAAUUGCAAAAGAUAUAGAUAAAGCAAUAUAUUGGUAUAAAAAAUCCGCUAAACAAGGAUAUGAGUUGGCAAAGAAUAAUUUAGAUAAGCUUCAGAAAAAAAUCAAUAAUUUAUAAUUUAAUUAUUAAAUUAAAACAUCGAAUAUUUAUUUAUAGUGUUUAUUUUUUCCAAGAUUUACAAGAUAGUAAAUACACUGCUUUAAAAUAUAAAAUAAAUAAAUUGUUAUAAUUUUAU